GUGCAUCGUGAUGAAGAUGGACAUGACGGCACAGUGAACUAUGAAAACGUUAACGUUAACGUUAAAACGCCUUCUGCUUCUGUCAGACUCGACAACUUCCACUGCUAAUAAACAUUUAUUCACAGCAUUAUUUUACAUAAGACCAUGAAUCAUAACUUAAUUUUCAGGUUUUAGAUGAGGUUUUGCUUAUUGUAUUGAUGCAGGAAAAAAAGGAAAAAAGAGUUGAUUUUAAACAUCUCACUUGCAGUCAGAAAUGAAAGCUUUGAUUGGAUUUUAAGAAGCUUGCUGUACUAUCUCACUGAUUCUGGUGAUACUGGAUCAUAUUUUACGGAGAAAAUGUUUCCAGCUCGGCUUCUGCCCAUCCCCCAUGCCGUCCGUCCAAGGUCCUCCACUCCGCCUGAGGUCCUCCACUCCGCCCCCUUUCCUCAAUUCUUCAGCUCCCAGACCACUUAUCCUUGAGUCUCUCACCCACCUGGCUCACAUUGAACUUUUUUGGACUUGUUUUUGAAGGGACGUCUUGGAGCCAUCCCUUGAAGAUGGGGGGUUUUCCCACCAAUUUUCUUUGUCUGCCCCGCCCUAAUAAGGUUCACCUGUGUUUAAUUAUCCUCCCCUCACCAGCGUAUUUAGUCAGUGUGUUCCUUUGUCUCAGUUAGCAGUUUGUCUUUGUCAGUUUGGCAAGUGUUCCAGCCCUUUCCCCAGCAUAUCUCAGUGUUUUUGGCAAUCCCCUUUUGGAUUUGUUUGCCCUGUGUACUGCUUUUCUGGUUUUGACCUGUUUCUAACUUUUCUGUAAGCCUUUUUGUAUUUACUCCUUUUAUUAAUAAAUCAUUUGUACUGCCCCUAGUGGUGCUGCAGAGGAUGCUUCUGUACCUCCUCCCAGAUUGCAUCAGGGUUAACAGGCUGUGGCUGGGGUGGGUGCCGCCUUUUAGUAUCCUUUAGGCUCUACGCAAGCACCUCACCUCACCACUGAUGCUGGGUAGCUGAUUACCAGUGAGAGAAGAAGUAAACUGUCUUUGAACUACUGGUCUAAGCUACAGAGAGCUGAUUGUUUUUUGGGGGAACGCUGAACUUCAGGGGUGGGGGAGUGCUUUAGUAAAUUCUAUGGGUGAGAGGGCACAGGAAGUGGGAGUAAAUGGUUUGUUGAUGGACCCGGCAGGAUUUGAGUAAUGAUGUAGUUUUACAAGUGACCUCUGGGGGGCAGCAAUACGGCCUUUUUGUAUCUAGUAUGUCAAGCAAUAAGAAGAGAACCAAUGAUCUUUUGUGACAUUAAUAUGUUACAAAUGUCAGCAAUGUCUUUAACACGGCCAGGGAUGUUAUCAGGCCCAGCAGCUUUAUUUAUAUUCACUCUGAGCAAGAUUCUUCUCACAUCCACUGAUAGUGACUGACAGUAAUGGAGUAGAUUUUACAGUUAAAUCUUUGUUGAAGAGAUCCGAAUAAGUAUACAGUUAUAUAUAACUGUUAUCUUGUUUAACAUUUAUGACAGACAUGGCAAAAUGUGCCCCUGAACUUCAUCAUACGACUCUGCCAUCUAAAAUUACAAUUGAAUAACCCUGUAUUAACAGCUCACAGUGAAGCUUGCGAGUGAAGGUACAGAGCAGUCACCGGAAGUUGAUGAUGAUGAUGAUGAUGAGAUAGGUAUGCUAACUUAGGCUACAAUACCAAGAUGUCAGAUGUGCAAAAAAUAUAUAUGACAUAAUGUUGCCAACAAACCACAAUGAAGUUUUAGUGUGAAGGAAUGAAGGCAUAUAAUGUAUACGAUACAAAUAAGUUGUGAUCCACAAUAUUCAUCAAACAGAGGGAGGUCCUCAAAGGUGCUUUUUUUUGGUUUUUGGACACUGUAAAAAUGCAUCAUGUUUAUUGUUCAAGACAAAAAAGAAUAGAUAAUAGUGGUGGUGUGAUAUUUGUCCACAAUAACUUUAGAUUUAAUUUGCAUACUCAUUUCAAUGAAGAUCAUACUUUGUAAGACAGAAAUUUUUAAAAUACAUAACUCUCAAAGACAAAGAAGUUGUUUCUGCAGAAGGAAGCGCGAAGGGAAAUUAUAAGUCUAAAAUAAAACAACAAUAAGCAACUGACUGCUCACUAACCACACACCAUUACGCCAUCGUUUUAAAGCUAUAUACAUACAUAUAUAUAUAUUCAUUAUAUUUUCAGCUUGUGAGUCUUUGUGUGUGUGUGCAAAUGUAGUCCUGGAGACGCCUACUGUAGAAGAACUACCACAGAAGCUGUUUUGAGUUCUUUUGCAUGUGUUUAUGUCCGUGGGCAGCUUUUUUAACACAAUAGCAUGACAACUGUGCACUAUGCAGUCACAAAACUGUACAGGUGUGAAGGCAGACUUUAAAAAAUACUUUUUACUACUAUUGGUUGCUGUACAAGGUCACUGUU